AUGUACCGAUCUCUUGCUCUUUUGUCCCUUGUCGCGCAGACCUUUGCGCAGACUGCGGUCUCCCCGGCGGUCUACGAGAAGAUCGCUCGCUACUCGGCCUUUUCUGCUGCUGCAUACGCAGACAGCUGCGCCACUUCCCCGGCUGGUAGUUCGGUCGUCAAGUACUUCAACGACAACGCGACAGACACCCAGGCUACGCUGUUCCAGGAUGACGCCGCAGGCGAGCUCAUCAUCGCGUAUCGAGGCACGUCAGCGCCGGCUGAUCUCGACAGCGACCUGCAAUUCGUCCUCGUUCCUCUGACUGCAAAGGGGACGGACUGUUCAGCUUGCAGGGUCCACCAAGGCUUCCAGACAGCCUACAACGCCCUAGCCGACCCUGUAACGGCUGAAAUCGAAUCUGCCCUUGCCGAGAACCCAGACUAUAAGCUCACAAUAACCGGCCACUCGCUCGGCGGCGGCAUCGCCGCAAUCGCGACCGCCGCCCUCAGCGGACGGGGCCACACCGUGACAACAUACACAUUCGGCGAACCUCUCAACGGCAACGCGGCGUUCGUGCAGUACAUCGAGCGCGCCGUCCCCGAUAGCAACUACUUCCGCGUCACGCACGCGAAUGAUGGGGUUCCGCAGAUCCCGCCGACGCUGUUGGGGUAUGCGCAUCAUGGACCGGAGUUUUGGCAGCGUGAGCCGGGAAGGAAUACCGCUGCGACAACGUUUGCGUGUGGGAAGCAGUCGAGGGCCUGCAACGCAGCACAGAAUUUCGGAAGCAACCCAAUCAACAGGGCACAUUUGACGUAUACGAGUCAGGUCAUUGGGAAUUCGUUGAAUGUUGUCGCCUGUGGUGCGCCGGAGUUUUGA